AUAUAUGUUCUCUUCUUCUCUCUCUUUGGACUCCAUAGCCCAACCUCAGGCUGCUUGCCACCGACGGGAAGAGGAAACAACCAGCGUCUGCCUCCGACGACUGCAUUGCGGAAGGCCGGGGUAGGCACUUGAACCACACUGUGGCGAGUGAGAAGCGAUGGGCUCGGCAACGGAGAAUGGCACCCUUCGCUACUACUUCGACCACGAGUCUGAGUCCGAGUCCGACGGUGGGCGGUCGGUCGGACACAGCGGCCCUCUCGGCGGCCCUUUGGCGUCAAAGAAAGCCGGCAAGAAGCGAAGCGCGAGGUUCAAGGGUGACGACAACUACGUGGAGAUAACGCUCGACGUCAGGGACGACGCGAUCGCGAUUCAGAGCAUCCAAAGUGGUGACCCGGAGGCGGCGCUGCUCGCGAAGAACCUGGAGAGGCGCUCCCCGAUGGUGGGCGCGAGCCUGUCGUCCAAGCUGAAGCAGGUGGGGCACGAGUUCCGCCGCAUGACCUCCUCCUCGAGGCGGGCGGAGCGGCUCGACCGGACCAAGUCAUCUGCGGCUCAGGCCAUCAAGGGCCUCCAGUUUGUGGCCAAGAACGUCGCGAGCGAGGGCUGGCCGCAGGUCGAACGACGGUUCGACGAGCUCGCCGUCGAUGGGGUGCUUCUCAGGUCGAGGUUCGGAAAGUGCAUAGGAAUGGUGGGAUCCGAGGAGUUCGCGGGCGAGGUAUUCGAUGCAUUGGCACGAAGGCGGGGAAUCACCGCAGCUGUGCUAACGAAGGAGGAGCUCUGGGAGUUCUGGGAACAGCUCUCCGACCAGAGCUUUGAUGCGCGUCUUCAGACCUUCUUUGACAUGGUGGACAAGAACGCAGACGGCAGGAUCACAGAGGAAGAAGUCAGAGAGAUCAUCGCCCUCAGCGCUUCCGCGAACAAGCUGUCGAGGAUCCAGGAACGCGUCGAGGAGUACACAGCUCUGAUCAUGGAGGAGCUCGACCCCAACAAUUUGGGCUACAUCGAGCUGUACAACCUGGAGAUGCUGCUGCUCCAGCCAGCAGUGCAGCCAUCGGCCAUGCUCUACGCCAACAGCAACAACCUCAGCCAGAUGCUCAGCCAGAAGCUGGUGCCCACCAAGGACAAGAACCCGGUCCGUCGCUGCUGCCGGCGGAUCUCCUACUUCAUGGAGGACAACUGGAAGCGGGUCUGGGUGAUGGCCCUGUGGCUCUCCAUCUGCGCUGGCCUCUUCACCUGGAAGUUCAUCGCGUACCGUCGUCGCGCCGUCUUCCACAUCAUGGGCUACUGCGUGACCACCGCCAAGGGCGGCGCAGAAACUCUCAAGUUCAACAUGGCCCUCAUCCUCCUCCCUGUUUGCCGCAACACCAUCACAUGGCUACGAAGCAGGACCAAGCUCGGAGUCAUCAUCCCCUUCAAUGACAACAUCAACUUCCACAAGGUGAUUGCAGCCGGCAUCGUGGUCGGCGUCGCGCUCCACGUCGGGGCUCACCUGACCUGCGACUUCCCCCGGCUGUUGCACGCCACCGACGCGGAGUACGAGCCGAUGAAGCCCUUCUUCGGGGAGAAGCGGCCGCCCAACUACUGGUGGUUCGUCAAGGGGACCGAGGGGUGGACCGGGGUGGUCAUGCUGGUGCUCAUGGUGAUCGCCUACGUGCUGGCCCAGCCCUGGUUCCGCCGCAACCGGUUAAGCCCCACGAAUCCCCUGCGCCGGCUCACCGGUUUCAACGCCUUCUGGUACUCCCACCACCUCUUCGUCAUCGUCUACGUGCUCUACGUCGUCCAUGGCGUAUGCCUCUACCUCAUCAAGAAGUGGUACAAGAAGACGGCGUGGAUGUACUUGGCCAUCCCUGUCACAUUGUAUGCAUGCGAGCGCCUUCUCCGUGCCUUCAGGUCCGGCCACAAGACAGUGAGGAUUCAAAAGGUUGCUGUGUACCCAGGAAACGUUUUGGCUCUCCGCAUGUCCAAACCUCAAGGUUUCAAGUACAGGAGCGGGCAAUACAUCUUCCUUAACUGCGCCGCGGUGUCACCGUUCGAAUGGCACCCCUUCUCCAUCACUUCGGCUCCGGGAGACGACUACCUCAGCAUCCACAUCCGCACAAGAGGCGAUUGGACUUCGCAACUCAGAGCCAUAUUCUCACAGGUGUGCCAACCUGCAAAGAGCGAUCAGAGCGGACUCCUCAGAGCUGAUGUCAUGCCUGGAGGAAACAACCCCAGAUUGCCGAAGCUUUUGAUCGAUGGGCCUUACGGUGCUCCUGCUCAAGACUACGAGCACUACGAUGUCCUACUGCUCAUCGGACUCGGCAUCGGAGCCACUCCUCUGAUCAGCAUCGUCAAGGACGUGCUCAACAACGUCGAGCAAAAGAAGACGACGGCGGCGGCGGACGUGGAGAGCGCGACCAAGGCGAAGAAGAAGCCCUUCAUGGCGCAGCGCGCGUACUUCUACUGGGUGACUCGGGAGGAGGGCUCGUUCGAGUGGUUCCGGGGCAUCAUGAACGAGGUGGCCGAGAAGGACAAGGACGGCGUGAUCGAGCUGCACAACCACUGCACCAGCGUGUACGAGGAAGGCGACGCCCGCUCCGCCCUCAUCGUCAUGCUCCAAGCCCUCCACCACGCCAAGAACGGGGUCGACAUCGUCUCCGGGACGCGCGUCAAGACGCACUUCGCCAGGCCCAACUGGCGCAACGUCUUCAAGCGCAUCGCCAUCAAUCACCCGAAUCAACGCGUCGGAGUCUUUUACUGCGGAGACCCGAUGGUGAUCGGAGAAUUGCGACGGUUGUCACAGGAUUUCUCGCACAAAACAAGCACAAAGUUCGUCUUCCACAAGGAGAACUUCUGAUGCUGUCAGCUAUUCUUUGUAAUCCCUUGAGAUGUUCCAUUUUUCUUCGUCGAAGUUGUAGAAAUUUACUUAUGUAAUUAUUUUAUAUUACUUAUGUAAUAACAAAAUCAUCCUUGGUUGCAAUUUCUUU